GAACUGGAGUUCACCUUGAACGCCCUACAAGGAAGUGACGAGCUUGACCCCUUGCAGGCAAUUGUCAACGAGCUCCUGGGAGAGACAACCAACGUGCCUGCAACUCCCCCUUCUCCUCUCACCCCUUCCGCUUACUCAUGGGGUGAGUUCCAUUUCCCACCCACGGCUCCUCUUCCGCCUACCCUAACACCUGGACCAUGCCCUUAUCCUCCCCCAGCUUCUUCUUCUUGUACACGACCAGAUGAGUUGUGGUGUACUCCUAACCCUCCACGUAUCCCUACCGCAUCACCUGAACCAUGCCUCCACCUUCCUCCGCCUCUUCUGCCUCCUACUGUACAAUCAAAUACACACCACGGCUCCUUGGCUGCUCCUCUGCCUUUGACUGUGUCAGCUGUGCCUUGCACCCGACUCCCACCACCGCCCCUGCAUCCUAGUGUACCGUUCGACAUUUGGCGUUACCCCUACCCUUCAUUGACACCUUCUACUCCAAACAUACAAGCAGAGCCUUGUCUCCUCCCUACACCUAAGAGAAGAAGAAGGAAGAAAAUGAAUUUGAAAGAACAGAGAACACAGAGGAACACGGAAGUACAACAUUUGAACGAACUGACUCGCGCACCAAUUCAGUCUUGCCCCCAUCCCAAGUUUACAAAUGACAUCGUUCCAGAAAAGCCCCACAAUGACCAACAGUACCAUACUUGUGUACCGGGGCCCAACAACACAUUUGGGAACCUGGUUCCAGUGGGAACAAUCAACGGAGAGGUGGUGUACAGCCUUCCACCCGAGGCUUUCAAUACCAUCUUCCCCUCGGCUUCUCCAGUGGACCACCUCAAAAGGAGACGUCACAGGCAGCCGGAAGAUGGACUACCUUACAUCAAGAAGCCCCCGAACGCAUUCAUGCUUUUCAUGAAAGAGCAGAGACCAAAUGUGGUAGCGGAGCUGAAAGUCACCGACAACGCGGUGGUGAACACUGUGAUUGGUCAGCGGUGGAGGUUGUUGUUGCAGUCAGUCAAAGACAAGUAUUUUUGCGAGGCUGACAAGCUGAGGCAUCUCCACGAGCAACAGUUUCCCGAUUGGUCUGCCAGAGAGAAUUAUGGGAGAAGGCGGAGGAUCAGGACAAGGAAGUCCAAGUCACAAGAGGCACUCCUAUCACGCGUUACAACAGGAUGCUACUCAAAUUCAAUUUAAAUAAUGGCAUGGAUGUAAAAAAAAAAGGCACAUUUGACCAUAAGCAACAUUAUUUCAUGUAAAUCACAUAUGUUCUUUUUUAAAAAAUCAUUUGAAUAAAAAGACAAUGGAAUUCAAAUUAACAUAUUUGUCUAUAAUAAGCAUUUUUCUGAAUAAAAUUCGAAAUAAGAAAUCAAUCUCCUUCUUUCUUCCAGCUAAAAAAAAACCUCACAUUUCCACAACUCGAUUUGUCAUGUCUGUAUGUAAAGUCCAUCCAUCCAUCCAUCCGUUUCUUUCGUUCA